CUCUCCACUCAAUUCCCUUGAUCCCUUCUCUUCCCUUUCCGAGUUUUCAAAAAGAAGAAGGAAAAAAAAAAGAAUAAUGCAUGUCUUGAUCACAAUUCAAAACCCCAGUAUUUAUUUCCCCACAGCCACAUGGGUAUAACUCUAGAAAAACGCACUUACACCAACACAACCUCCCAUUCCAUCCAUUUCUUUGUUUUCUUUACUACUAGCUCUUGCCUUGGAGUUGCAAAUUGUCAGACCAUAUAUCAGAACCGAGGAAUAGAAGCUUAGGAAAUGGUGGCAAUGGUGGAAGUGUGAAUAUAGCUUGCUUAGAAUAGUCAGUUUGUGUUGGAUGGAUUUGCUUGGAGCUGUGCUGCAAUUGGCAAAUACUAAGCUGAAGGAUAAUAAUUGGCGCAAUCUUGAUCAACAGCACCGGAGAAGAAUAAGACAAUUUCAAUGUACCAAAGCACAGACGGUUUCACUUAUACAAGAAGAGUCAGAAGCAACAAGACAUACAAGAAACCCCUCAUCGAAAAUGGAUUAUUCUUCUCCUUGUGGCUGCAGCUGCAACAUGAUCAUUCCCCCAAUCAUUUAUAUUCUUGUUUGCAUUCUGUUCUUCACCUCCUCUGUUUGUCCUGCUCAUUCUCUUGAAUCCCGAAACUCCAGCCAUCAAGCCAAUCAAACUUUCCGGCCGGGGGAGGAGUCACAGAAGCUAAAAACGAUUAGAGCCCAUCUCACGAAAGUCAACAAGCCAGCUGUCAAGACAAUUCAGAGUCCGGAUGGUGAUACAAUAGAUUGUGUAUUGUCCCAUCAUCAACCAGCUUUUGAUCAUGCUAAAUUGAAAGGGAAGAAACCAUUGGAUCCACCUGAAAGGCCAAAAGGACAUGAUACAACUGGCAUUUUACCAGAAGAAUUCCAACUGUGGAGCAUGUCUGGUGAAUCAUGCCCUGAAGGUACAGUUCCAAUCCGAAGAACAAGUGAACAGGAUAUCUUGAGAGCUAAUUCGAUCGGAAGAUUUGCAAGAAAAUUACGAAGGCCUAUUCGAAGAGACACCACUAGCAAUGGCCAUGAGCAUGCUGUGGGAUAUGUAACUGGAGAUCAAUAUUAUGGAGCAAAGGCAAGCAUAAAUGUGUGGGCACCUCGAGUUGCUAGUCAGUAUGAAUUCAGCUUAUCGCAGAUGUGGGUUAUUGCCGGCUCCUUCAAUGAUGAUCUUAACACUAUAGAAGCUGGUUGGCAGGUUAGCCCAGAGCUGUAUGGGGACAACUAUCCAAGAUUUUUUACAUAUUGGACAAGCGAUGCAUAUCAAGCCACAGGUUGUUAUAAUUUGCUAUGCUCAGGCUUUGUCCAGACCAAUAAUCGAAUAGCAAUCGGAGCUGCAAUUUCUCCCACGUCUUCGUAUAAUGGUGGUCAAUUUGAUAUCAGUUUAUUAAUUUGGAAGGAUCCGAAGCAUGGGAAUUGGUGGCUGGAGUUCGGAAGUGGGAUAUUAGUGGGUUACUGGCCAUCUUUUUUAUUUACGCACCUUAGGAAUUCAGCGAGUAUGGUACAAUUUGGAGGAGAAGUGGUGAACAGCAGGUCGGGUUUCCAUACAACCACCCAAAUGGGCAGUGGACAUUUUGCUGGGGAAGGUUUUGGUAAAGCAUCUUAUUUCCGAAAUUUGCAAGUGGUGGAUUGGGAUAAUAGCUUAAUCCCAUUAUCAAACCUUCGAGUAUUAGCGGAUCAUCCUAAUUGCUAUGAUAUUCAAGGUGGAAUUAAUCGCGUUUGGGGGAAUUACUUUUACUAUGGAGGACCCGGAAGAAAUUCAAGAUGCCCUUGAAAGCGUACACAUCUUUUCUUUUCCAGUUUUUCUUUUUACAACAUGAUGGGUUAUCAUCAGGAGAUCGUAAUAGAGGUUGGGUGAUUCUUUCCAAUUAUUUUCAAUCUAACAAGUGAUCUAUCCAUAAAUUAUACAUACGACUACUAGUUUGUCAGGGGGAGGGGGUUUGUGUAAAUUGUUACGAUAUUAAAUAGUGGAUAUAAUUUACUCUUAAUUUUUCGUCUGUGUUUA